AUGACUUCCGAGGGCGUCGGGGAAGAUUGCCUUGCAUGGGCAGCAAGAGAUGCAUCUGGAGUUUUGUCACCUUACAAAUUCAAUCGCAGGGCUCUUGGGAGUGAAGACGUUCAUGUUAAAAUUACACACUGUGGUGUUUGUUAUGCCGAUGUAAUUUGGACAAGGAAUAAACAUGGGGAUUCAAAGUAUCCUGUUGUGCCUGGACAUGAGAUUGCUGGGGUUGUGGCAAAGGUUGGUCCAAAUGUCCAACAUUUCAAGGUUGGUGACCAUGUUGGAGUGGGGACUUACGUCAACUCGUGCAGGGAGUGCGAGUAUUGUAACGAUAGACUAGAAGUUCACUGUGUCAAGGGAUCGGUUUUCACAUUUAAUGGUGUUGAUUUUGAUGGUACUGUUACAAAAGGAGGAUACUCCACUUCCAUCGUAGUACAUGAAAGGUAUUGCUUCUUGAUACCUAAAAGCUACCCUUUAGCUUCAGCAGGUCCUUUGCUUUGUGCCGGCAUCACAGUUUAUUCUCCCAUGAUGCGUCAUAAGAUGAAUCAACCUGGUAAGUCUCUUGGAGUGAUUGGUCUUGGUGGCCUCGGUCAUAUGGCAGUAAAAUUUGGGAAGGCAUUUGGUUUGCGUGUGACAGUUUUCAGCACUAGUGCAUCCAAGAAAGAGGAGGCGCUGAACCGACUUGGUGCGGACAAUUUUGUUCUUUCAUCUAAUCAAGAAGAGAUGAAAGCAUUGGCUAAAUCAUUGGAUUUUAUUGUUGACACGGCAUCAGGUGAUCAUCCGUUUGAUCCUUACAUGUCACUCUUGAAGGUAUCUGGUGUUCUGGUCUUGGUUGGGUUUCCAAGUGAGGUCAAAUUCAGCCCUGCGAGCCUUAACUUAGGAUCAAAAACUGUUUCCGGAAGUGUUACAGGUGGUACUAAGGAAAUACAGGAGAUGAUUGACUUCUGUGCUGCAAACGGGGUUCACCCAGAUAUAGAACUGAUUCCAAUCGGGUACUCAAACGAAGCUCUUGAAAGAGUCAUAAAUAAGGACGUGCAAUAUCGGUUUGUGAUAGACAUUGAAAACUCUCUUAAGUUGAAUUAG